CAGCUUUCACCCCAAACGGCCGUGGAUCCUCACCAGCCUGCACAAUGGCGUCAUCCAGCUGUGGGACUAUCGGAUGUGCACCCUUAUCGACAAAUUCGACGAGCACGACGGACCUGUUCGAGGUAUUGAUUUCCACAAACAGCAGCCUCUGUUUGUUUCUGGAGGUGAUGAUUACAAAAUAAAGGUCUGGAAUUACAAAUUGCGCCGUUGUCUCUUCACUCUGCUUGGGCACUUGGAUUAUAUCCGCACUACCUUCUUUCACCACGAAUAUCCCUGGAUCUUGAGUGCUUCUGAUGACCAGACCAUUCGGGUUUGGAACUGGCAGUCAAGAACUUGUGUUUGUGUGCUGACAGGACACAACCACUAUGUGAUGUGUGCCCAGUUUCACCCCUCUGAGGACCUGGUAGUGUCAGCCAGCUUGGAUCAGACUGUGCGCGUUUGGGAUAUUUCUGGCCUAAGGAAGAAGAACCUGUCCCCUGGAGCUGUGGAAUCAGAUGUCAGGGGAAUAACAGGGGUGGAUUUGUUUGGGACAACAGAUGCGGUUGUGAAGCACGUUCUUGAGGGCCAUGAUCGUGGGGUGAACUGGGCUGCCUUCCACCCUACAAUGCCACUUAUUGUGUCGGGAGCCGAUGAUCGGCAAGUGAAGAUCUGGCGGAUGAAUGAAUCGAAGGCCUGGGAGGUUGACACUUGCCGGGGGCAUUACAACAACGUCUCGUGCGCUGUCUUUCACCCGCGGCAGGAACUAAUCCUCAGCAAUUCGGAAGACAAGAGCAUUCGUGUCUGGGAUAUGUCUAAACGCACGGGUGUCCAGACCUUUCGGCGUGAUCACGAUCGCUUUUGGGUAUUGGCUGCUCAUCCCAACCUCAACCUCUUUGCUGCAGGCCACGACGGUGGCAUGAUUGUCUUCAAACUGGAGCGUGAGAGACCUGCUUAUGCUGUGCAUGGGAACAUGCUGUAUUACGUGAAGGACCGUUUCCUCCGCCAGCUUGAUUUCAACAGUUCAAAAGACGUUGCUGUCAUGCAGCUGCGAAGUGGUUCCAAGUUCCCUGUGUUCAACAUGUCAUACAACCCAGCUGAGAACGCUGUCCUUCUCUGCACAAGAGCCAGCAACUUAGAGAACAGUACUUAUGACCUGUACACCAUUCCCAAGGAUGCAGACUCCCAGAAUCCAGAUGCCCCUGAAGGGAAACGUUCCUCCGGGCUAACAGCUGUGUGGGUAGCUCGUAACCGCUUUGCAGUCCUGGAUCGCAUGCAUUCGAUCCUAAUAAAAAACCUGAAGAAUGAGAUCACGAAGAAGGUGCAGGUGCCAAACUGUGAUGAGAUUUUCUAUGCUGGCACAGGGAACCUGUUACUGAGAGAUGCAGACUCCAUCACCCUCUUUGACGUGCAGCAGAAGCGAACUCUGGCCUCAGUGAAGAUCUCUAAGGUGAAAUACGUCAUCUGGUCGGCUGACAUGUCCCAUGUAGCUUUGCUAGCUAAGCAUGCCAUCAUGAUCUGCAACAGAAAGCUGGAGUCACUGUGUAACAUCCAUGAAAACAUCCGUGUCAAGAGCGGUGCCUGGGAUGAAAGCGGUGUUUUCAUUUAUACCACCAGCAAUCACAUCAAAUAUGCUGUCACCACAGGGGAUCAUGGAAUUAUCCGCACCUUGGACCUGCCUAUCUAUGUUACCCGUGUGAAGGGGAACAACGUGUAUUGCCUGGACAGAGAGUGCCGCCCCAGGGUGCUCACCAUUGAUCCCACGGAAUUCAAAUUCAAGCUAGCAUUGAUCAACAGAAAGUAUGAUGAGGUGCUGCACAUGGUGAGGAACGCUAAGCUUGUGGGCCAGUCCAUCAUUGCCUACCUGCAGAAAAAGGGCUACCCAGAGGUGGCCCUGCACUUUGUGAAGGAUGAGAAGACCCGUUUCAGCCUGGCACUGGAGUGUGGCAACAUUGAGAUUGCUCUGGAAGCAGCCAAAGCUCUGGAUGACAAGAAUUGCUGGGAGAAACUGGGAGAAGUGGCGUUGCUGCAGGGAAAUCACCAGAUUGUGGAGAUGUGCUACCAACGCACCAAGAACUUUGAUAGGCUCUCCUUCCUCUAUCUCAUCACUGGCAAUCUCGAGAAGCUUCGGAAGAUGAUGAAGAUAGCUGAGAUCCGUAAAGAUAUGAGUGGCCACUACCAGAAUGCCUUGUAUCUGGGAGAUGUGGCAGAGAGAGUGAGGAUCCUGAAGAACUGUGGGCAAAAGUCCCUGGCCUAUCUGACAGCUGCAACUCAUGGUCUGGAUGAGGAAGCUGAAAGCCUGAAGGAAACAUUUGACCCUGAAAAGGAAACGAUUCCAGACAUUGAUCACAAUGCAAAGCUGCUGCAGCCUCCUGCUCCUGUCAUGCCUCUGGAUACCAACUGGCCAUUGCUGACUGUCUCCAAGGGGUUCUUCGAAGGAACAAUUGCUAGCAAAGGCAAAGGGGGUGCCUUGGCUGCCGAUAUUGAUAUUGACACUGUUGGCACUGAAGGCUGGGGAGAAGAUGCAGAAUUGCAGCUGGAUGAAGAUGGCUUUGUGGAUGCUGGAGAGGGCUUUGGAGAGGAAGGUCUAGGUAAAGGACAGGAAGAAGGAGGUGGAUGGGAAGUCGAAGAAGAUUUGGAUCUUCCCCCUGAACUGGAUGUUCCCGCUGGCCCAGCAGGAACAGCGGAGGAUGGAUUCUUUGUGCCACCCACCAAGGGCACCAGUCCAGCCCAGGUGUGGUGCAACAAUUCUCAGCUUCCUGUUGACCACAUUCUGGCAGGUUCCUUUGAGACAGCAAUGAGACUCCUCCAUGACCAGGUAGGAGUAACAAACUUUGGACCCUACAAGCAGCUGUUUCUACAGACCUAUGCCCGUGGCCGUACAACUUACCAAGCCCUGCCAUGUCUCCCUACCAUGUAUGGAUACCCACAUCGCAACUGGAAAGAAGCGGGCUUGAAGAAUGCCCUCCCUGCCGUUGGACUGAAACUCAACGACCUGAUCCAGCGCCUGCAGCUGUGCUACCAGCUCACUACAGCUGGCAAGUUCGAGGAGGCCGUGGAGAAGUUCCGCUCCAUCUUGCUUAGUGUGCCUUUGCUGGUGGUGGACAACAAGCAGGAGAUUGCUGAGGCCCAGCAGCUGAUAGCCAUUUGCCGGGAGUAUAUUGUAGGGCUCUCGAUGGAGAUUGAGCGGAAGAAGUUGCCCAAAGAGACCCUGGAGCAGCAGAAGCGAAUCUGUGAGAUGGCUGCCUAUUUCACCCACUCCAACCUGCAGCCCGUCCACAUGAUCUUGGUGCUGCGUACUGCUCUCAACCUCUUUUUCAAACUGAAAAACUUCAAGACAGCUGCUACUUUUGCCCGUCGGCUGCUGGAGCUGGGUCCAAAGCCUGAGGUGGCCCAGCAGACUCGCAAGAUCUUGUCAGCGUGUGAGAAGAAUCCCACUGACACCUACCAGCUCAACUAUGACAUGCACAACCCCUUUGACAUCUGUGCCGCCUCUUACCGACCAAUCUAUCGGGGCAAACCUGUAGAAAAGUGUCCGCUCAGCGGAGCCUGCUACUGCCCCGAGUUCCACGGGCAGAUCUGCCGCGUCACUACAGUGACAGAGAUCGGCAAAGAUGUCAUCGGGCUGCGGAUCAGCCCACUCCAGUUCCGCUAGGGCAUGCCGGUCCUGGGGAGGUGCACGAUCGGAGGGAAAUGGUCCCAUUUCUCAGAACAGUGUGGAAACUUUCACCUCCCAGCAUUCCAGCUUUUAGUCUAGUCUCUUCACAGUAGCCAUGCCUGUGCCGUGUCAUACCUGCUGUUCCCCACCCAGAAA